AUGCUCGCGGGCUCCGUGCGACUCCAGCCGUUUUCCUCCCCCGGGCUGCGCCAACUCGCCCCCGCCGGAGAGGGAGACCUCGCGGCGCUCUGCCGGAGAACUCUGCUGUUUCAGCUUCGGAGCUCCCCGGGAGAAAGCCAAGUGCCCCCAGGUGAAGCCGGCGUCCCGGAACGGCCCCGGAACGCCCGCCGCCAGCUUGCACCUUCUGGGAACCGCGACCGCCGAGCGUUUUCCAGCGCCUGCAACGCAGGGCGCGCUGGGGGAGUGGGGUCCACUACGUGGGAAGGGGCGACGAGGUCACCGAUGAUGGACGCACCGACCUGGCGCGCGGGCUGUUGCUGUCUCCUCCUCCUGGCUCUCGUUGGAUCUACUCGGAGCGAGGACAUGCCCAGCUGCGAAGAAGUUCGGAAACUUUUCCAGUGGCGCCUGGUGGGAGGUGUCAAGGGGCUGCCGGAUUCGCCGCGGGCAGGACAAGAUCUUCAGGUUUGCAUAUCCCAAAAACCUACAUGUUGCACUAGAAAGAUGGAGGAGAGAUACCAGAUUGCAGCUCGCCAAGAUAUGCAGCAAGUGCUUCAAACAUCCAGCUCAACGCUGAAAUUUCUAAUAUCGAGAAAUGCUGCGGCUUUUCAAGAAACCCUCGAAACUCUCAUCAGGCAAGCAGAGAACUACACCAGCAUUCUCUUCUGCAACACCUAUAGGAACAUGGCCCUAGAGGCUGCAGCUUCCGUUCAGGAGCUGUUCACUGACGUGGGGCUCUAUUUAUUUGGUGCGGAUGUUAAUCCCGAAGAGUUUGUAAACCGAUUCUUUGACAGUCUUUUCCCUCUCGUCUACAAUCACCUCAUUAACCCUGACGUGUCGGACAGUUCCCUGGAAUAUUCGGAAUGCCUCCGGAUGGCCCGCCGGGAUGUUAGUCCCUUUGGUAAUAUUCCCCAAAGAGUAAUGGGGCAGAUGGGCAGAUCGCUGCUGCCCAGCCGCACGUUUCUGCAGGCGCUGAAUCUGGGCAUUGAAGUCAUCAAUACCACAGACCAUUUGCAUGUCUCCAAAGAGUGCAGCAGGGCCCUGCUGAGGAUGCAGUACUGUCCUCUCUGCCAGGGCCUGACUCUCAGCAAGCCUUGCAUGGGGUACUGCCUCAACGUCGUGAGAGGCUGCUUGGCACACACGGCAGAGCUGAAUCCGCACUGGCAUGCCUACAUCCGGUCACUGGAGGAGCUCUCAGAUGCCAUGCAUGGAACAUACGACAUUGAACAUGUGCUCCUGAACUUCCACGUGCUUGUUAAUGAUGCUGUGACACAAGCUCACCUCGAUGGACAGAAGUUAUCGGAACAGGUCAAUAAGAUUUGUGGCCGUCCAAUCAGAACACCUACACAAAGCCCCCGUUGUUCUUUUGAAGGAAGCAAAGAGAAGCAUGGGAUGAAGAUCUCUCCCAGAAACGAUGAAGAGACACUUGCCAACAGAAGAAAAGAAUUUAUCAACAGCCUUCGACUGUACAGAACGUUCUACGGAGGCCUGGCUGAUGAGCUUUGUGUUAACGAAUUAGCUGCUGUUGAUGGGCUGCCGUGCUGGAACGGGGAAGACAUAGUAAAAAGCUAUACUCAGCGUGUGGUUGGCAAUGGAAUCAAAGCCCAGUCUGGAAAUCCCGAAGUCAAAGUCAGAGGAACUGAUCCCGUGAUAAAUCAAAUUAUUGAUAAACUGAAGCAUGUUAUUCAAUUGUUACAGGGUAGGUCACCCAAACCCGACAAGUGGCAGCAUCAGACAGGCAGUGGCGGUGGCAUGGUUGAACAGGUCAGCGGGGACUGUGAUGAUGAAGACGGUUGUGAGGGAUCAGGAAGUGGAGAAGUCAAGAGGACCCUAAAAAUCACAAACUACUUGCCAGAUGAUAUUGGAGUCAGAGCCUCCAGCCCAGUCAGCCUUAUCUUUCACUAUUAG